AUGGAAGCAUCAGAGAAACCGGCAGCGGAAGACCGGGGCAAGGAGACCACCGCUGCCGUCGCCGAGGGCACAGGCAUCGAUGACUUCGACGACUUCGAUUCCUUUCUCGAGACCGUGCUCUCUGACUGCGAUGAACCCGGCACGGCGGCUGUCGCGCAAUCAGCAGUAAAACCUAGCGGUAGCAACCCCGAGAAGGGCCACGACCAGCAGGAUGCAAAGGGUCAAGAAGGAGUGAAUGGGGACGACCCUCGAGGCUUUGCACCGGGCAGCGGAGGCAUUGUCAACGUACCAUUGACGGCAGCCGAUAUGGAAAGCACUUGCACUACAGACACCGACAGCGACGACCACCACAGCUCAAACUCUCUGCAUGAAUCGGACUCCUUCUUUCCGCUCCCCCUGCCGACGGCAUCCUCUUCUUCUGCCUCCCUCGCUGUCGGUGGUCAACGGAGCGUUAGCGCGACCUCGACGGCAGCGGGCUGGGGGGGACCGGCCAACAACAGGGGCAACAACAGCAGCAGCACGCAGUCACCCCAGCUGGCCCUCUUGUUGCCGUUCGUGCCGAGGCUUGUUCUUCAGAUGUUUAACACGGACGCUCCUCAGAUGCCGACUGGGCCGAUGCACAUGUUGCUCGACGCCGCCGUGGGACUUUUCGACGUGUCAGGUUUUUCCAAGAUCGCAGAUCGCCUGGAGAAGGAGGAGGCUGACGGCGGCAGCACGAGCGCCGUUGAAUCCGAGGGGGUGGCAUUGCGCCGCAAAGGUUCGAUGAUGCCGAGCCAGAGCAUGAGCGCCGACCGAAUGAACAAGACGUUGUCCUCUCGUCACAGCUCGGUGGUUUCUGGUCUGGGCGAGUCGGGGCGCGAUGCGAGACCCACUCGACUCCGGGCACUUUUCGGCAUGAGUAUGGCGCUGGGUGGGCGGAUGGGGGAGUCGAGGACCAACCUUAAGAAGGGUUCGGCAGCAGAGCGGCUUACCGACUACCUCAACUACAUUCUCGGCCUCUUGACAGAUACAGUGGAAAUGCACGGGGGCGAUAUUCUCAAGUUUGCCGGCGACGCCAUAAUCGUGUGCUGGUCUCCCACCAGGGAACUUGGCAUCGAGCCCAGCGAAAGGAUUAGCACCGGGAAACCUGGGGGGGACCAGCUGGAAAUCCCAUGCCUCAGGGCCGUGCUGUGCGCUCGAGAUGCCAUGCAAACCUGCACGCAAAAGUUGCUCAACUCUGCGGACCCUGUGAUGUCGAGCCUGGGGCUGCACAUUGGUCUCGGAGCCAGCAAAGUUUUGGCGGGACAUGUCGGGGGCAUCGAGAACAGGUGGGAGUUUUUCAUAACGGGGGAGGCGUGUGAGGAGAUGAAUCGCGCAGAGAAGGACGCGAGCAACAUGGAAAUCGUGUUCUCGGGAGCUGUGGGAGACUGGAUUCGCCGUUACAAGGGGCCAAACGGGUGUGCGGCGGAACUGGCGACGGUUCGGCUGGAAUCGGGCAACGAGCGCUUGGUGUUCUUGGAGUGCCCCCCAGAAAACCUCCCCCGCGUUCUGCCUCACGCGUUGUUGACAAACGACAUCAUGUGCAACGUGCUUAAGAUGUACAUUCCUCAGCCCGUGAAGAUCAACCUCAAGGACGGCGUGGUAGAGACCGCGGGGGGCAUCCGCAAAAUCACGGUCGUUUUCAUGGAGCUGCUUGACCUCGAGAUCGCCGUGUCCGACGACAAGGACACCCUUGAUCAGGUGAACAGGACCGUGCGGAAGAUCCAGGAGACGGUGUGCCACUAUGACGCCACGCUUCGCCAGUUCAUCGUGGACGACAAGGGGACUGUUGCUAUCGUCGUGUUCGGUCUCCCUCCGAUAUUUCACGAGGAUAACGCUGCUCGCGGUAUCAAUCUCGGGCUGAGGCUCCUACGUCAGGGAGUGCAAGCGAAAAUAGGGGUCACAACCGGAUCUGCAUUCGCCGGAGUCAUUGGGGCUGCCUCUCGACAAGAGUACGCUGCGGUGGGGGACGCGGUGAACAUGUCUGCGAGGCUCAUGGGGAAAGCGCCGAGGAACACGGUUCUGUGCGAUGCGAGCACGGCCAAAGAGGCGGAGGACGCAUUUUCUUUCAAGGAAGCCAUGCGAAUGAAGGUGAAAGGCAAGGACGAGCCGAUCGCCGUGUUCGAGCCGCUCAAUGCUGGGGCGGUUCUCCGCACGAAAAGCGCGAAAAACAACUUUCUUGACAGAGGGGACCACGCCGAUCAUCUACAGGAGAUGAUGUCGAAUGCCCACAACCCAGUGGGCACAAAAACGGUCCUCAUCGAGGGAGAGCGCGGCAGCGGGAAAAGCAUCCUUCUCUCGAAGGCAGUCGGUAUGAUGGAUGGGCACGAGCUUCACACGUUCUGUUCCUCGGGAGACAUGCACGAGAGGCAUACCAGUCUCUUCCCAUUUCGACAGAUCCUCUGCCAGCUUUUGGAGCUCGACCAAGAUCGGCUCAACUGGUACGCCGCGGCCAAUCGACCUCCUCCCGCUACCGGGCCGUCGCCAGCGGCGGCGGCGGCGGCGGUUGCAGCGGCGGCGAGUUCAACUGCUGCGAUGGCGGCCGCGGCGUCGGCGGCGGCUGCCGGGGCUGCGGGAAUCGUCGAAAAGGGCGGAGAGGUGGCUUCAAGAUUUCGACGAGCGUCCACCCGAAGACGCAGCAGCAUCGUCGCGGUCGGGUUGGGCAUGCUAGGAGGAGGAGGAGGAGGAGCAACGGAAGGAGGCGCGGUGGACGACGCAAAUUCGGGGACGGAUGGCGGCAGCGGCGCACCGGCCCUUGCUGCGCCGCAGGCGGCGCCCCCUUCUCGCAAGCGGCGCAGCAGCUGGGUAUCGAAUGUGCCCGGUCGAAGACGUAGCAUCGACGCUCCGAAUGCCCUCAACCCCUACGAACCGACGGCAGCAAGGGGACAUCUCGUCAAGAACCCCGGGUUCAUGGCGCUCAUGAAGGAUCCCGAGCUCGGGAAGCACCUGCCGCUGCUAAACAUGAUCCUGCCCCUAUACAACGAGCAGGCAGCAGGGGCGGUGACGACAGGCGCACAGGACACACAUUCCAAGCUCCGGCGACUCGCCGACAUGAUCGCAGCGCUUCUUGUUCACCGGCUUGAGGCCUCCAAGAUGGGAGCGGCAACAACUACCGCGGGCUACAGAAAGGAUGCGGCGGUGUCCGCAACCCCGACACCGGCCAACAACAUGACAAGGGCGGGCUCGGCGUUCAGGUUGGCCGCAGUCGGCGAUGCCACGAAAGUGAACUCCGUGGAAGAGGGGAGGGGCUGCGGGGCGGCCAUCGUUUUGGACAACACGCAAUGGCUGGAUCACAACAGCUGGGAGCUGAUGCACCUCCUGAGGAAAGCUCUGCCCGGGAUGCUCAUCUUCGCCGCCUUCCGACCAUUCUCGGAGAUGAACCUUAAGCACACGAUCGCCCUCAAGACUGUCCCGGGAACGCUCAAGAUGAACAUGGGCAGGCUGACGGCCACACAGGUGAUGCUCAUUUUGUCCGACAGCUUCGGAGUGCAGAGGACAAGUGAAGAGCUCCUGGAGUUUCUCGAGGUAACCGCCAAGGGAAACCCUCGAGACGUGAUCCACAUGAUGGAGGAUCUUUUCAAGGAGGGGUUCGUGGAGGUUAACUUGGGCGCCGUGGUCAUUCUCAAGGAACUUUCGGAGAACUCUCUCAAGAUCAAGGAUCAUACUUCGGCGCCCGUGAUCGCUAAGUACGACCAGUUGACCAGAGGAACGCAACAGCUUGUGCAAGCCGCCGCGGUGAUCGGACAGGAGGUCCCCCUCGACCUCCUCGUGGACGUCCACUCCAUGCUGACGCCUUCCCGGGAGAACAAUCACCCGGCGACCUCAUCGCCGACGUCUUCUAGUGCGUCAGACGACGCUAUGGUGGCGCCCGGCUCUCCGGCCGAGGGGGGAGGGGGCGGGGGCGGGGAGAGAGACGACGUGGAUGCGCAGAUCAACACGCUGGUGAGGGUGGGGCUCCUGGAGAGGAGUUCCCCGGAGUCGGUGAGGUUCGUGGCGAAGUACAUGGUGACGGUCAUCUACGACAUGAUUCUGCACUCGAAGAGGCAGGACAUGCACAAGGCAGCGGGGGAUCAAGACUUGGCCGUCAACUUUCUGGUCAUGGCGGCGGAGGUGGCUAUUGCGUGCGGCGACCCGACCGAAGCGCAGCUGGCAUGCGGUGCUGUCACGCAGGCUGUGGACGACUCUGGCGCGUCCGGCCACCUCACACUCCUCGAUCAGGUGCUGCGGGAGACAAAGUUCCACCUCCUGGUGGGGCAAACCGCAAUCUUGUCUCAAGACUGGGAGAGCGCUGAGAUGUCGCUCCAGCUCGCCGUCGAUAUGUCCGGCGUGGACAACAUUCCUAAGCAGAGCUUCGCCGACAAGAUAUUCUCUCCGUGGAAAAAUCGACGGAAGGAGGGCCACCGUAGGGGGGGAGGCGGCGGCAAGGGCACAAACCCCUAUCGAUGGAUUGGCUACAACAACAACAACGCUGGACCAACAGCAAAGGGCAAGCUGCGAAGAACAAACACCCUCACUUUAUACCAGAGAGCCGAGCAGGCUGAGUUAAGCCACCGGAGAGUUUCGGACGCUUCUACGCAGUCCGAUGAAAGCACAUCGCACCGCGAGGAGGUGCUGGACCUGAACAACGUGGAACGCUACGGGCCGUGCGGCGUAAUGCUCAAGAAGUGCGGCAACGACGCCAAGAUGCUGCUGGGUCGAUUGAACACGUACCAAGAGGCGACGAGGAGCUUCCACCGAGAUCUCCUGACGGACAACAAGAAAAUCAUCCAGGCACACAAUCAGAUGUUCGUGACGUCGGGGGGGAUCCUGUCGGUGUCCCACCGAACGGACCCUUCGGUGCUGCCGCGUUACUUGAGGGGGAACAAUCACAUGGUGAUGGGGUUCAAGGACGCCAGGAACAGUCUUCGGCACCAGCAGCAGCAACAGAAGACGCCCCCUGCCCUGCAGAUCGCCGUCUCCCCGCGCUUGUCUAGCAGCAACCUUGGACUUUCACGUUAG